GCAACCGGUGCAGCUCAGCCCCGGCGGAGCGAGGAUGGCGGAGGAGCGGGAGCUGCAGGGCUUCCUGCGGGAGGUGGACGAAGUCGCUGCCUUGGUUGAAGGCCUGAAGUCCACAGAUCCCGCCGUCCAGGAAAAAGCCACGGCGGAUACGGAGAAGAGAUUCCGGUCCAUUUCGGACAAGGACGGAAAGAAGCCGAAGCCGAAAGUGGACAGGACGGUCAUCAACAAGCAGCCCUCGCCGGGAUUGUCAAGUCAAGAGGAAACGACGGCAGAGAGUUUCCUGGCGGUUUUAGAGAAAGAUGCCCAGGAGCGAGCCAGGAGGAGGAAAGGAAACGAAGCCUCCGCAAACGCCCUGAAAGAGAAGGGGAACGACGCCUUCAGCCAAGGGGACUACGCUUCGGCUGUGCAAAACUACACGGAAGGCCUGAAGAAGCAGAAGGACAUGCUCGCCUUGUACACCAACCGAGCCCAGGCCUACAUCAAGUUGCGGAAGUACGAGAAAGCCAUUUACGACUGCAGCUGGGCGUUGAGGUGCGAUGAGAAAUGCACCAAGGCACUCUUCCAUAUGGGAAAGGCAUACCUGGCCAAGAAGGACUUCCAUCAGGUGAGACCUCGCCGGGCUCAGAGUCUGCGCUGCACCAAGUUAUGGCAGGCCAGAGAGUGCUACCUGAAGAUUUUAGAAAUCGAUCCUCGGAAGGAGAAGCUGUGCAAAGAUUGCAUCGAUGAAAUAGACCUGGAGGAGAAAAGACUCCAGGAGGAAGAGGGAGCGUCAGAGGAUCUCAAGUCUGGGAAACCGACCGCCGUUGCCGUGAACGAGAUGCUCCAGAAACUCAGCACGCCAGAUCAGGACGCUCUCUAUUACGCAGGAGGCAUACGGCUUCUGACCGACCUGGUUCAAACCUGCACCGAGCAAACUUUGUUUAGGACGAACGAUGGUUUCAGCAUCAUCAGCGACAACGAGGUCAUAGAACGGGUUCUCAGCGCCAAGAUCAACUCUCCUGUGGAACUGGAGCUGGCUUGCUCCCUGCUUCUCCUCUGGCAAGCCGUCUGCAAAGGGAACGAGGAGAACCAGCGGCUGCUUCUAACCCACCCCAGUGUCAACGCUCAGCUUCCCGCUUUGCUGUGCUCGGAGGCACCCAAAGUCCAGGAACAGUGCGUGGCUCUGCUGUCGCUUUACGCCGAGACGGAGCACGGGAGGAUCCUCUUAAUCAGGCAUCUGAACACCACCAAGUGGCUACAGACGUUGAUAUCCUUAGUUAAAGUUGCCGAUAGCAGAGCUGCCAGCGCUAUGAAUUUGCUGACCCAUUUAAUCCUGGAAGAAAACUUCAAAAUCCAAUGCCGGAUUAAACUGUCCACUGAGACUUUGCCGAUCUUUAUUCAGUUGCUGAGCUCUUCCAAGGCCCCGAACGAGACCGUGCUUAGCCGCUGCAUUGCCAUCAUGGGAGAUCUCUGCUCAGACCUGGUCAUCCGGAUACAGAUGUCUGAAAAUCAGGAAUGCUGGCAAGCUUGCUUGAGCUUCGUGAACCAAUGCUGGAACGAAAACAGCGUCGCCAGAUAUCCCGAGUGUUUGUACGCAAUCUUAGGCCUGAUGAUGAACCUCUCCCUGGAACCCAACUCAGUCGUUGAGGAACUGGCCGAGGAAAUCUGUGACAUGUGCAUGUCUCUCUUCAGCAGCCCGGAUGGGAGGAUCAUCACAAGAGCCGUGGGGCUUUUGAAUCACAUCCUGCCGGCAAGUCCGAAGGCUCUGGAAGAAGCUGUGAGACAAAACGUGGUGAGGAAAAUGAUCCGGUUUCUGAAGGCUGGCGGGCAAACCACCACCGAUUAUGCCAUGAAGGUCCUUGCCACUUGUGCCAAGAGUAGCCGGCUGGCUCGGAUGCAGAUUGUGAAACAGGAUAAAAAAUGCAGCCUGUUGCUGAAGCUUCUGUCCUGCCCGAACGAGGUGGUGGCAGGGAACGCUGCUUUCUGCCUGGAGAAAUGCCUGGAGGUGCCUGGAACGGCCACCAUGUUGCUCGACACGGACGUGGUCAGGAUCCUCCUGAGAGCCACCACUCGCGGUGCCCAAAGGCCCUUGGCACAAAAGAACGCAGCCAUAGCUCUAGGGAAGCUCUGCACCGCUGAUGCCAGGCACACCAGCCGGUUGCGGGAGCUGAACGGAAUGGCGGCCCUGAGUGCUUCCAUCAGCAAAAUGCCAGGCCUUUAAGAUGCCAGCAGAUGGUCCAGAGAGGGAUUCUGUGCCCAGCCCCCGUCCCGGGUUGGAAAUGCGCUUCAUUUUUUUUACAAUAAAGAGGAUUAAAAGCGGGGCGAGGCAGCGGGCGAGAGAGAAGGUCAUAAAAAUACACAUCAAGGUUAAUAAACCACUUGGAACAGUG